AUGGCUACCCCUAGUGUCCUAGCGUUUGACGCUGAGGGUCGCGCCAUUGAUUUUGAGGUCUGGUUAGACGACCUGCAGCUGUUCUUACAGUGCGACAGGGCUGACGGCCUUUCUCUCUUUGACCUCACCUCUGGCGCCUCUCCUGCUCCUGCUGCUGAUGCUGAUCCCACUGUCCGCUCUCAGUGGGCCACCCGCGAUGCUGUUGCACGUCUUGCUGUGCGUCGCCACCUCCCUACCUCUGAGCGUGCGCACUUUAGUCAGUACAAGAGUGCUCAGACCUUGUACGACGCUGUAGUUGCGCGCUACUCCUCCCCUGCCACUGCUGCACUGAGCCGUCUCAUGCUUCCCUACCUCUUUCCUGACCUCUCUGCCUUUCCCACUGUCGCUGACCUCAUUACGCACCUCCGCACUAGUGACACUCGCUACCGCGCCGCCCUUCCUGCUGAGUUCUGCGCUAAGAACCCACCCCCCAUGUACAUAGCUCUCUACUACGUAGUCGCGCGCCUCCCUGACUCCCUUCGCGUCGUCAGGGACCACUUUCUCGCAGUCUGUCCCACCACCCUCACCGUCGACCUCCUCGAGAAGGCCCUCCUCGCAGCGGAGAAGAGCAUAGUCGCUGUAGGUGCUUCUCGUGGUGACCCUCGCACCCCCAUCUUUGAGGGGUGCUCUCCUUCCCCCUUGCUGCCCUCUGUUGCCUCUGCUGCUGCUGCCGACCUGCUUGGUCUUGAGUCGGUCGGCGCGGCGUCUGCCCCUAGUGGGAGACGUCGCUCCAGCAAGGGCAAGGGGGGCAAGGGCGCGGGUGGAGCUGGAGGGGGCGGUGGCGGUGGCGGCGGUGGCGGCGGAGGGAGUGGGGGUGGCGGCGGGACUAGUGGCGGGGGUGGUGGUGGUGGUGGCAGCAGCGGCGGAGACGGUGGUGGUGGUGCCAGCGGUGGUGGUGGAGGCAGCGGCGGAGGUGGAGGCGGCGGAGGUGGAGGCGGUGGAGGCGGCAGCGGAGGAGGCGGUGGUGGUGGAGGAGGUGGAGCUGGUCGGGGUGGUACCCAGCAGCGUAGCGGCGGUGGUGGUGGCCAGCGCUCGCAGCGGCAGCAGCAGCAGCGCUCGCGGGACAUCCCUCCGCCUCAGCAGCUUCGUGAGUGGUACGCUGGGCGUCAGAGGGGUGGGGGUACUGGUCCCUGCACCUACGUUCUUCGUUCCGGCGACCGCGCGGGUGAGCAGUGUGGGGGUGCCCACGCCACCCAGCGCUGCUUUGGCCGCCUGACGGACGCUUGGCGUCAGCAGUUCCCUGGGGCUAGUGAGAUCCCUCGCUGGGAUGAGCUUCUUAGGGCUGGUGUAGCGAUCUUUGAUCUUGGUUUUGAUGCUAUCCUUGCUGCUAUGUAUGCUGUGACUUAUAGUGAGGAGAAUGAGGGUUAUCGGUGUUUCCAACCCGACCCGGGCAUUGGUACUGCUGCGCUAGGUGCUUGUGAGGCUGCUGCUAUAGGUGCCAGUGCAUCUGCGCUCUCAGGUACUGGUGAGACUGCGCUCUCAGGUAGACGCCGUUGA